AUGUGUCUGCCGCGUGUUCGAGAUGAGGAGCCCGCCCAAGUCUACCCAGAAGAAACACGAAGGCACCACCCAUCAGAUGUUUCUGCCAGGCAGUCUAUGGAUAAACGUAUCCACUACAUGCAAAACCUAAGGAAGGAGAAGAGGAAAUUGGGAAAAAGGUUUGCAAGGCCUGCCCCUGUUCCAGAUCCAGGAAUUAUACUGUUCAAAGUCAGCAACGGAACUGGCCAAGUUUCUGCAGUUUCAAAAGUGAGCAUCAGAGGUUACCUCACAGACGCUGACAAAGUGUCCAAUAUUUAUGAGCUGCAGUAUUUCCCUUGUUAA